AUGGAGUCCAAUUCUUCUGAUUGGUCAACACUGUUCAACGUCACAGCCACGGACAUACCCGCAAACCACACCUCCCUGGUCCAACGCGAACCAUAUCUGCACAAGUUGGCGCACCUGGAUGAAGGCCUAUACAAUGACUUCUACAGCCUGUGGAUUGCCCUGCUGGUGAUCAACGCACUCAUUUUCACCGUGGGAACAGUCCUCAACAGCCUGGCGCUGUACGUCUUCUGCCUACGCACCAAACCCAGAACCACCUCUGUCAUCUACACCAUCAACCUGGCAGUGACAGACCUGCUGGUAAACCUCUCGCUGCCCACACGCAUCAUCCUGUACUACAGCGCGGGCAAGUGCCUCACCUGCUCCUACCUGCACAUCUUCAGCUACUUCGUCAACAUGUACUGCAGCAUCCUCUUCCUCACCAGCAUCUGCGUGGACCGCUACCUGGCCAUCGUGCAGGUAGAGGCUUCGCGCAGGUGGCGGAGCCCUGGCAUGGCCAAGGGCAUCUGUGUCUUCAUCUGGCUGCUCGCCAUCGUGGUCACCUACUCGCUCCUGACCACAGCCUUCAAGCAGAGCGCCUGCUGCCUGUCCAAGCUCUUCGCUCUGACCGUGUUUGAGUUCUUCCUGCCGCUGGUGGUGAUCGCGGUGUUCACGGUGCGCAUCGCGUGCGCCCUUGCCAGGCCGGGACUCAUGCAGCAGAGCAGGGAGCGGCGCAUGAGGGCCGUGCAGCUGCUGGUCACCGUGCUGGUCAUCUUCACUGUCUGCUUCACGCCUUUCCACGUGCGGCAGGUGCUCGUCUACUUCUACCCGGACAUGCCGCACCACGUCAUCGUCUACCACGUCACCGUCACCCUCAGCAGCCUCAACAGCUGCCUGGACCCUGUCGUCUACUGCUUCGUCACCAACAACUUCCGGGGCACGAUGAGGAGCGUGUUCCGGCGAGCGGAGGUGGAGCAGACCAGCGGGGAUGUGGUCAGCAUGCAGCGGAGCUCCAAGGGCUCGGGCACCGCCGUGGCCAUCGCACACAGCAUGGUCAUGAUCAACCUGACCUCACCCCUGCCCGGUAGCCUGCCAGCCUGA